CUUCAGUUAACGCAUGGUUGCCUAAUUGGAUGGGCUUGAUGCCUAACCGUGGUGGCAUGGAUCUUGCCCCGUUGCUCGACAUGGAUACCCGAGCGCACUUUCGCCGACUUCCGACGCAAAGCAGCUGUACCCAUCACCAAAUUCUGAGGCUGGAUCUGGGCUCGCGACACCCCGAUCUACAACGCCCGUUUCCAAUUCCAUGAAGUUUGUGAGUCCCCCGAGCCUCAUGUGUAUCGAUAGCCCCGGUAUCUCAGGCCGGUCUCAUCGCUUGUCCACGUACCGAGCCCCGGGUGCCGAGGCGAGCAAGAAUCUAGAAUGCGAAGAACUCCUGAAGGCAGGCAUCAUCACGGACCACGACAUGUGGAGCAAUCACUACCAGGCCUAGAAGGGCUGGACCAACAUGACUUUUGUCCCAGAAACCAGAGUCGGCGGUGUGCCAUCACGCAGUUCCACACCUAGCAGCGCUCACCGUUCAUCGUCGAUUGUUUCGAUCAGCCCAACAAGCCCAACAGGCCCAGUGUCCCCCCGAACCGCGAUGCUCAAAAUCAUUACCGCUAAACAAGCUUUUCAGAAUCUCUCCCACCAGCCUUCAGUGUCUCCUCCAUCGUUUCCGCAUCCCUCCUUCCCAAAUCUGUCGCCACCAUCACCUUACAUGGGACCUUCGCCUCAACCGGCUAUCCAGAUCGCCAACGGCUUCGAGACGAGCACUGCGUCCCCGCUUACCGCUUCCGGAAGUCUACUGUUGUAUACGAGCAAUCGCAAUGUGGACAGCGGACUGCUAGCUGUGAAGCCUCUUAGCGAGGCUCAAGUUGCUGAGUACAGAUUCUGGAGGCCAUGUGGUCGGAGGGCCUGCGCGUUUGGAUGUGGAGAUGGGAGUGAAGGGGAGAACAGAGCGGCGAGAAGGCUGUUUCGGAGUGUGGAGGAGAUUAGGGAGGAGAUUAGGGAGGAGGAAGAGGAUGAUGAUAAGGGUGAGAAAGAGAGGGAGUGGAAGAUGAAGGAGGAAGAGGAAGGUGUGAGGGUUGUACUGGAGAGUGAUGGGGAGGAGGUUGUGGAGAUUAGGGUGUGAGAAAGUGAAGGGACUAUGGUGAAUGAGAGUUUGAAGUUGUGGUUGGGUGCAAAUGCGCUCACGAUUGUUUUUUGUAAUUCUCAGUUUUUUAGUUUUUUUUUCUUUUCCUUCUUGACAUUGAUGCGAAGCAGGCUACCAGGCCACAGUUCGUCGGAGCUUUUGUUCAUCAUCUCGAAGUCGAAAGGGAGGAAGGAGAUGAUCCACAGUGGUUGACAACAAAAAUCCGAGCUUCAAGCGAGUUACUACAGGAUCUAGUGAAAGGCUAUAGUCGGACAGUCAUGUUAUAGAGCAAGUUACUAC